CUCGCGUUGUAGCGGCCCGCGGGGGGCGGGGAGGCCGCCGUGAGGAGGCGGAGCCGAGAGCCCGCCAGUCCGCCGGGGCCGCCGCCACGGUCCUCUGCUCUCCUCCCCGCUCGCCACCGCACGCCCCCACCCCGGGCCGGCUCGCCUCCAUCGCGGCCGCGGCUUCCGUCCUCCGUAGCUGCGCCGCCGGAGGAAACGGAAGAAAGCGCAAGCCAUGGAGGGGAACCGGGAUGAGGCGGAGAAAUGUGUCGAGAUCGCCCGGGAGGCCCUGAACGCCGGCAACCGCGAGAAGGCCCAGCGCUUCCUGCAGAAGGCGGAGAAGCUCUACCCACUGCCCUCGGCCCGCGCACUAUUGGAAAUAAUUAUGAAAAAUGGAAGCACGGCUGGAAAUAGCCCUCACUGCCGAAAACCAUCAGGUUGUGGUGACCAAAACAAGCCUAAUUGCACGAAGGACAGCAUAUCUGGUAGUGGUGAAAGUGGAAAAGGCUACACCAAAGAUCAAGUAGAUGGAGUUCUCAGCAUAAACAAAUGUAAAAAUUACUAUGAAGUGCUUGGAGUUACCAAAGAUGCUGGUGAUGAAGAUUUGAAAAAAGCUUAUAGAAAGCUUGCUUUGAAGUUUCAUCCAGACAAAAACCAUGCACCUGGAGCAACAGAUGCUUUUAAAAAGAUUGGAAAUGCUUAUGCUGUUUUAAGCAAUCCAGAAAAACGAAAACAAUAUGACCUCACGGGCAAUGAAGAACAAGCAUGUAAUCACCAGAACAAUGGUAGAUUUAAUUUCCAUAGAGGUUGUGAAGCUGAUAUAACUCCAGAAGACUUGUUUAAUAUAUUCUUUGGUGGUGGAUUUCCUUCAGGUAGCGUACAUUCAUUUUCAAAUGGACGAGCUGGUUAUAGCCAUCAACAUCAGCAUCGACAUAGUGGACAUGAAAGAGAAGAAGAAAGAGGAGAUGGAGGUUUUUCUGUGUUUAUCCAGCUGAUGCCCAUUAUUGUAUUGAUCCUCGUGUCAUUAUUAAGCCAAUUGAUGGUCUCUAAUCCUCCUUAUUCCUUAUAUCCCAGAUCUGGAUCAGGGCAAACUAUAAAAAUGCAGACAGAAAACUUGGGUGUCGUUUAUUAUGUCAACAAGGACUUUAAAAAUGAAUAUAAAGGAAUGUUAUUACAAAAAGUAGAAAAGAGUGUGGAAGAAGAUUAUGUGACUAAUAUUCGAAAUAAUUGCUGGAAAGAAAGACAACAAAAAACAGAUAUGCAGUAUGCCGCAAAAGUAUACCGUGAUGAUCGUCUCCGAAGGAAGGCAGAUGCCUUGAGCAUGGACAACUGUAAAGAAUUGGAGCGGCUGACCAGUAUUUAUAAAGGAGGAUGAACUGGGAUUGUGUUUAUACCUUCUAGUGUACUCUUAAUUUCUUCCGUAAGUAAGUUUAGUUUCAUCAUGAGAGCUAAAGAAAAAGAUUGGAUGUUAACAACGAAACUGAAUGGUUGGUCCCUGAAAUCUUGGACUGUUUGUGACCUACUGGCUCCUUUAAAUAGUAAGGAACUGAAAACUAAAAGUAACAUUUUCAUUAUGCUUCUGCAGUUAUUUUCACUUUAAAAGCUUACAUUAUUCCUAAAUAAAAUGUUGUGAGAAAGGAUUAUCACACCUGUGGCAGUUUCCAGUUUUAGUAGUUCUCCAUGUUUCCUUUUGUCAUGUAAAUAUUUCUGGAAUGAUCAUUUUGUGUACAUACGGGUUACUACAUUUUUAUUUAAAUUCUUUCAGCAUUUAGCUCCAUGAGACACUUUAGUUUAAACUGAUAGAAUAAAUGUCCUAUGAGAAAAUUACGUUUUCCUUGUCAGAUGUCGAAUGUUGGUGGAGUUUAAGCAAUGAAACUUUUUCAAAAAGAAAAGAAAAAACAAAAGCUGUUUAACUUUGUGUAAAUCUUGUAGCAUUAUCAGCUUAGAGGGAAUUGAUAUUUUUAAUAUUGCCAUUAUAUUCCAGAAUAUAUAUUGAGAUAAAUGAACUGGUGUAGAGUAUCAGUUUGCUAUUUAGUUUUAUGAAUUGCUAAGCCAUGCAUAGAAAUGAAAUGCUAUACUGAUAGAUUUUAAAGAAAAUAUGAGGAAAUGGCUAUGUAGAUAUUAAACAGAAAGGGUCUUCAACAGUAAAUUGCACUUAUGUCAUUUGCAA